GGGCGAUCGCACAGCGGCCCCGCCCGGCCCCGGGCCGCCGCCCGCGCCGCGGUGCUCGGAGCUGCAGCCGAGCAUGGCUGAGGGCGCCGCGGCGCCGCGGGAGGACGGGCUGCCGGGCGCGGCCUUCGCGGGCUGCGAGGCCGCCGAGCUCGCCUGCCCCGCCGAGCGCAGCGGCCACGUCGCCGUGACCGACGGGCGCCGCAUGUUCGUCUGGGGCGGCUACAAGAGUAAUCAAGUCAGAGGAUUAUAUGAUUUUUAUUUGCCUAGAGAAGAACUAUGGAUCUACAACAUGGAAACUGGAAGAUGGAAAAAAAUGAACACCGAGGGCGACGUCCCCCCUUCCAUGUCCGGCAGCUGCGCCGUGUGCGUGGACGGGGUGCUGUACCUGUUCGGAGGCCACCACUCGCGAGGCAACACGAACAAGUUCUACAUGCUGGAUUCAAGGUGCACAGACAGAGUGUUACAGUGGGAAAGAGUUGACUGCCAAGGAACCCCUCCAUCAUCGAAGGACAAACUGGGAGUCUGGGUGUAUAAAAACAAGUUAAUAUUUUUUGGAGGAUACGGAUAUUUACCUGAAGAUAGAGCACUGGGAACUUUUGAAUUUGAUGAAACAUCCUUCUGGAAUUCAAGUCACCCAAGAGGAUGGAAUGACCACGUACAUAUAUUAGACACUGAAACGUUUACCUGGAGCCAGCCUCUAACUACUGGAAAAGCGCCGUCCCCUCGUGCUGCUCAUGCUUGCGCAACUGUUGGCAGCAAAGGUUUCGUGUUUGGAGGCCGAUACCGCGAUGCUAGAAUGAAUGAUCUCCACCAUCUCAAUCUGGAUACAUGGGAAUGGAAUGAAUUGAUCCCCCAAGGCCUGUGGCCAGUCGGCCGGUCAUGGCACUCACUCACACCGGUUUCUCCAGAUCAUCUUUUUCUCUUUGGAGGAUUUACCACGGAAAAACAGCCACUGAGUGAUGCCUGGAUUUACUGCAUCAGUAAAAAUGAGUGGGUACCCUUUAAUCAUCCCUACUCUGAAAAACCAAGGCUGUGGCACACAGCUUGUGCCAGCGAUGAAGGAGAAGUCAUCGUCUUUGGAGGGUGCGCCAACAAUCUCCUGGUCCACCACAGAGCUGCACACAGUAAUGAAAUACUUGUAUUUUCAGUUCAGCCAAAAUCUCUCGUACAGCUAAGCUUAGAAGCAGUUAUUUGCUUUAAGGAGAUGUUGGCCAGCUCGUGGAACUGCCUUCCAAAACACCUGCUCCACAGCGUUAACCAGAGGUUUGGCAGUAACAACACUUCUGGAUCCUAAGGCUUCGUAGAUAGAUAACGCCUCUGAUCGCCUUGCAUGGACACAGCCCUGUAACCCUCAGAUCAUGGUCAUUUGUGUAAUAUAUGGUUGUAGUUUGCAACUAUUUGGUUUUAAUGUGCACGUGGAUGGCCUAGAGAACCUAUUUUUGUGUCUAUAAAGUUUACAAUAAACGUAUUUCACAUCAGUAA